AGAUAGCCAUAGAUUAAAAAAAGUAAAAAAGUAUAUACUUCAAUGUUAUGUUAUCUUCAAAAUAUAAUUUUACUCACUUCUAGUAAUAUUCUGCUAGUAUUUGAAAUUAAAAUUACUCCAUUAAUGUUUAAAGCUACAAAAGUGUAAGAUAGACUUAUAAAUAAUCAAAGUUAUAGAACAAAAAGCGACUGAAGAGAUAUUAAAAGUAUAAAGUAUGCCACUGUUGCAGUUUAUGGCCAUGGCUCAGAAUGCAGUGGAACCAAUGCAAGUUGAUGCUCCUCCUGAAGAUAAUGAUAACAAUGAGGAGCCCUUUUAUGUGGUGGAAAACCCUACACUAGAUUUAGAAGCCUACGCCAAUAGUUAUACAGGCUUAGCUAAGUUGUACCGACUUAUUUUUGUAGUUGAUCAUUGCCCAGCAUUGAGAUUAGAAGCUUUAAAAAUUGCUAUAUCAUAUGUUAUGACUACUUAUAAUGUUAAUUUAUACCAGGUGUUGCAUCAAAGAUUAAAUGAAUUAACUACUAACUUAAAUGUUCCUGAUGUAGCUGCUCCAUCUGCAUCUCAAGAUAUCCCAACUAUUGAUAAUAUGUGGGUUGAAACAAGAUUAAAAAAGUUGGCUCUUAAGUUAGAAAAGUUAGAUAAUGAUUUAAAGAAUUAUAAGAGCAAUUCUAUAAAGGAGAGCAUUCGAAGAGGUCAUGAUGAUUUAGGAGAUCACUACUUAGAUUGUGGUGAUUUAUCAAAUGCUUUAAAAUGUUAUUCGAGGGCUAGAGAUUACUGCACUAGUGGAAAACAUGUAGUAAAUAUGUGUCUCAAUGUAAUAAAAGUAUCAGUUUAUCUUCAGAAUUGGUCUCAUGUUUUAAGUUAUGUAGCAAAAGCCGAAGGAACACCCGAUUUCUCCGAGUCCCAGGCAAAAGAGAAUAAUCCUGUGAUAUUUACUAAAUUAAGAUGUGCAGCAGGUCUCGCAGAGCUCGCAACUAGGAAGUAUAAACAAGCAGCUAAACACUUUUUACAAGCUAGUUUAGACCAUUGUGAUUUUCCUGAACUUCUCUCACCUGGAAAUGUAGCUACAUAUGGUGGCCUAUGUGCUUUAGCAACUUUUGAUAGGCCUGAGCUUCAAAAACAUGUUGUAAAUAAUGGAGGAUUUAAACCAUUUUUGGAACUGGAACCGGCUCUUAGGGAUGCUAUUUUAAAAUUCUAUGAGUCAAAAUAUGCAGCUUGCUUAAAAUUACUUGAAGAAAUGAAGGAUGCAUUGCUCUUAGAUUUAUAUCUAGCACCUCAUGUACCAGCUUUGUACUCACAGAUCAGAAGCAGAGCUCUUGUACAGUAUUUUAGCCCAUACAUGUCUGCAGACUUACGGCGUAUGGCACAGGCUUUUGGAAGGACAGUACCUGCUCUUGAAGAUGAACUUAUGAAACUUAUUUUAGAUGGACAAAUUCAAGCUCGUAUUGAUUCUCAUAAUAAAGUUCUUUUUGCAAGGGAUGCGGAUCAGAGAGGCAGUACCUUUGAGAGAGGUUUGGCUGUGGGUAAGGAACAGAGAAGAAGAGCUAGAAUGCUGGUAUUGAGAGCGGCAGUGUUGAGAAGCAGACUGCAGGUACAGAGUCCCCCGAGGGAACAAGGGGAGGGGGCACAACAACAAAUGCAACCGGUAACAAGCGCCAGGAGUUAAGAGCGCAUCAACUCAAAUAUGUUGUAUAUAAAGGAAAUUUAAUUAAUAAUAUGAUUUUCUGAUUAAAUCUUUAUUUAUGCUUGUUUAAAAACUAGCAAAGAAUUAAAAACAAAAAUCAUUGAUUUUCAAGAUGGUAUAUGAAUGAUUAAUAAAAAUAGUUCUUGUCCCUUCAUCUCA